GCCGGCUGCGGCUGCUACAUAGAUAGUGGUGGCAUUCCUGUGUGCUCUACUGCUCUCGGCUGCUUAGCGAGUAGGGAUCAUCAUGGCCGACGGAAAAAUCGAUAGAACCAAGGUGUGCCCGCUGCUGCUGCGGUGUUUCUGGACGCAGAACCGACACGGGCGAGGGGAAGACUACUCCAACGUCAACAGCCUACCGCGAGACGAGCUGCAGAUUUACACCUGGCCCGAUGCAACUGUUCGGGAGAUCACCACCUUGAUCCAGGGCGUUGUUCCGGCGGCGAGGCGGCGCCAGGGCCGAUUGUCAUACGCCUUCGUCUACCCGGACAGCCAGGGGAAGCAAGUGCUCCGGCAGGUGGCGAGUGUCUUCUCGGUAAAACCAGGUCAGGACGACAACAAGACGCUACGCGACCUCAAGUUCCAAACGGGAGACUACAUGGAGGUUGCGAUCGGUUAGGUUAGCGGUCCUCGAGGGGUGUAGCUGGCACCAACCCUGACCGUGCACGGGGCGGGGCGGCGGGGGCACCUACCCACGUGCCAAGUGUGUAAGACCUGGUGUGCGUUUGGAUCCUUGCAAAUGAGUGCCACCCGCAGUCGAAGUAGUAUUAAAUUUCACGUACGUUGUUGCUGGUGGUGCUGGCUUUUGUUUCGGGAGGGGGAGGAGGAGACCAUUUCGUGCCGUGGAUGCCCAGGGCAUCGUGAGACAAGUGCAUGUCUUGGUGGGAUGUCUCGCGAUGACUGGAAAGCGUUCCACGCCUGCUUUGUGCCCCCUCUUUCGAGUCCGGCCAAGUUGCGCCCCUCACUCAGGAUGUUCGGAAAGAAGCGUUGCGAGUUGUGGUCGUCUGCAAAAGUCUCCUUGGAAAACGCAUCACGUCGUUUACCGCACCCCGUACGCUCAAGUAGCCGAAGUGACGACUCGCCCGCACAACGAUAAGUGAUGGAUUUUUUGGGGCGUGGUGAGUGACGUCAGGACGACAAGUGAAGGGUUUUUGGGGGGUGGGGGGGGGAGUGUGUGAUCCAUCUCUACGCUUCCCACCACCACAACAUGCAUGCCAGAGGCGUAAAGCAUUGUCAGGAAGAGGAUGCACACCAACAAGAACACCUACACGGGAUGGACCUUCCCCCAGCAUCGACCACACCUACCUACCUCAAGCUUUAUUUGCCGAAUAGAUGCAAC